GAGGACCGGCCCUGGCAAGGUACGGUUAAGUUGUAUUGAUAUCGUACUCCUAGUUUUUAAUAAAAACAAGUGGUUUUAUUAAACAGUUUUUUAAAAUUAAAGUGUUUAUCUACUAGAUACUACUACAAUAUAUAAUGCUGGUGCCAAUCCAAACUUAAGAAAACUAUAUAAAGGAACAACGUUUCCGGUGAAAGCAGGAACUAAAAUGAUCGCUCCACUUGUAAAAUGGGAUCACAGUGUCUCAUGGUUUGUACCUUAUUGGAAAAACAAUCAAUCUCUUGGACAUCUAGUAACAGUUAAUUUAAAUGAUGCUAAAUACUCUUAUUUAAAAGGACAUAAUAUAGAUGGUAAAAUUAUCAUGCCUGCAGCUGCGUAUUUGGAAAUGGUCUGGAAAGCAAAAGCUAACAUGUGCUUAAAAGAUACCACUGAGUUGCCUGUGUUAAUAAAAAAUGUAAAAUUUCAUAACAUGAUUACCUUACCAGAUAAUGAAAAUGUGGAAUUCGUAGUAACCAUUAUAAAAGAAAGUGGAAACUUUGAGAUAUUUUCUGGUGACAUAUCAGUAGCCACAGGAAAUAUUUGUAUUCUUGAAAAUGACGGUAAAAAACAUAAAUCAUUUAUCAAAGAAAUUAAUAAGAAGGAUACUAUAAACUUAAGAAAAGAGGAUUUUUACAAAGAGGCUCAUUUGAGACGACAUCUUUACUACGGCAAGUUUCAGGGGAUUGUUGAAUGUGACCUUAGUGGUGUACAAGGAAAAAUUGAGUGGAUGGAUAACUAUGUUAGUUUUAUCGAUUCCAUGUUUCAGUUAUCACUAUUAUCAGAGUGUACUCGAAAUCUUUCAAUACCAACUAGCAUACGAAGGAUAGAGCUAGAUCCAAAAAGUCAUAUUAAAGAUGCAAAUGAUAACUAUUUGGAAGUCACCAGAGAUCCUGACCUUUGCAUAACAAAAUGCGGAGGUAUACAAAUCCAGGGUCUUAAAUUCACACAACUUCCUCGAAAAACCAUUCCAAAUUCAAAUCUGUUGCUAGAAAAAUUCGAGUUUGUUGCCUAUGAUGCCCCACAAAACAAAUAUUACACAUUGAACACUUCUUUAGCGAUAGCUAUGCAAAUAAUAAAGCAAAAUAGUAACGGCCUUAUCAAGAAAUUAACCAUCGGGGAAUUAAAGGACAAUGAAGAUUCUAACCUAGAGCUGACAGAGAAAAUUAAAGCAGUUUUAAAGAAUCAAGUCAUGGCAGAUAUUGAAUUUUUAAUUACAACACCAACUCAAAUAAAAACGAUAAAAACCAAAUUCGAAACUAUUAUAGUUUCAGCCGAAAUGUUCGAACAAUUUCACUCAAAUAUACUCAUAGAAUACUUAAGAGAUGAUGGGUUCAUUUUGUGCAUUGGGUUCAUAAAAAGAGAAAAUUUAUUUCAACACGAAAUAAUAUUUAGAACCGAACACCUUUGUCUCGUAAGGAAAAGAACAGAUUUUCCUAAUUCGUAUAAUACGGUUAAUAUACGAACUGAAGAUUUCGGAUGGUUGAACAAACUAAAAACAUGUAUUCGAAACAAACAACAAAAAACUGUUUUCAUAUUUAGUCAACAUGAAGAUCAUUCUGGUAUAAUAGGCCUUCAAAAAUCACUUCUUGUGGAAGUGACCAAUCCAGAAUUUAAAGCAGUAUUUACUGACAAGGAAGCUGAUAUAUUUUCAGUCGACGACGAAUUCUAUAGAGAGCAGCUAUGCAAAGGUCUAGCAUAUAACGUACUAAGAAGCAAUAAGUGGGGCACAUACGUACAUUUGCCCCUUGAAGGUGUAAAGUUAAUGCGGGCGGAAAACGCUGAGAUUCGAUAUCGCAGCUCCGAUACAUCUACACUUCUUUGGAUGGAAAAACCGGUUAUAAACGUACCAAAAGAACAAGUGUCGAAUAUUGUAAAUCUAUACUAUUCGACUUUUAAUUAUCAACAUAUAAUGCAAUCUUCACCCUACACCUUUGGAUAUGCUGGUAAAAAACCCAACGGUACGAGGGUAAUGGGCAUAGCUUUCAAGGAGCGCAUAAGUAUACAAAUUAAAAACGAUGUGGACUUUACGUGGGACGUUCCAAACUAUUGGACCCUAAAACAGGCAGCUACUAUACCUCUUCAUUAUAUAACGGCAUAUUAUGUUUUGCUGGAAAAAGGUAAGAUUGGAAAGAAUAAUUCUUUAUUGCUACAAAAUGGUGCCACUGAAAUCGGAAUUGCAAUGAUUGCAAUAGCUCUUAGCUUUAGAGCUACUAUCUUUAUAAGUGUUAACUCAGAGGAAGAAAAAUCUAGCCUCAUUCAACUAUAUCCCUUACUAGAUCCAAGUAAAAUAGCCACUUCAAGUGAAACAAUCCAAGAUAUAGUUUUAGAGCAAACAAAAGGGAGAGGUGUUGAUUUGGUAAUUAAUUCAGUCGGAGGAAUAUUCAUCGAAAAUUCUCUAAACUGUUUAACAAAGCAGGGCAAGUUCGUACAACUCAUCGACCAAAAUAAUUUUGACGAAAUAAAGUUGGAUUCAAACAUGAUCCAACAAAACUUCAAUAUUUAUUGUAUAGAUAUAAAUUCUAUAUUCGAAGAGGAUCUUUACGUUAAACAAAAGCUCAAAAAAUUACUAGAAGAAGGUAUCACGUAUAAAGUAGUAAAACCUCUGCCAUCCAUUGUCUUCAACGCUACAGAAAUAGAAACAGGAAUAAACUACUCAGAAAAAAGCAAAGAAACAGUUCUAAUAAAACUUCGCGGGGAAACAUCUUCAAAAAAAGAGAAGCUAUCAGUACAUCCAAAGGUGUUUUUUAAACCUAACAAAACUUAUAUUAUAGUCGGCGGCUUGGGUGGUAUUGGCUUAGAAUUGACAAGCUGGCUAAUCAAAAACGGCGCCACAAAGAUAGUGUUAAAUGGACGCAGAGAUGUUUGGAAUGGUUACCAAGCACUUUGCUUUAAAAAAUGGUCGCAAAUAAAAGAUGUUAUUGUGCAGGUUGAUUUAAAUGAUACCACUACACUAGUUGGAGCGGAAAAUCUUAUUAAUGCUGCUUACAAGCUAGGUCCAGUUGGAGGAGUUUUUAAUGCAGCAAUUAUUUUACAAGACGCCAAUAUAGUAGAUCAAACGCAGGAAAAAUUCGAGGCCGUUUUUAAACCAAAAUAUAUUUCUGGCCGAAAUAUGGACACAGUUACAAGAAAGUUUUGUCCACAGCUGGAUCAUUUUGUUGUGUUUUCAACAGUAUUUGCAGGCAGAGGAAAUAUGGGUCAAACUAAUUACGCCAUGGCCAAUUCGGCGCUAGAGAGAAUGUGCGAAAAGAGAAGAAGUGAAUCUCUUCCAGGUUUAGCUAUCCAAUGGGGACCAAUGGAAGUGGGUUUUUUGGCAACAACCGAUGUUGAACAGAAAAAUCUGCUUAACUUGGUUCCACAGCAAAUUAAUUCCUGUUUGGAUACCUUAGAGAGAUUUAUGAUCCAAAAUGUUGUGGUUGGAUCUAGCGUAAUUUUAGCCGAAAAAAGCAAAUUAGAAGGAGGCAAAACGACUCAGAAAACAUUAUCAGGCUCAAUUGCAGAUAUCCUUGGCAUUACAGAUCUUGAUUCAGUAAAUAAAGAUUUAAGUCUAUCUCGUCUAGGACUUGACUCUUUAAUGUUAGCAGAAGUAAAGCAUACUUUAUAUCGGUAUUUUGAGCUAGAUAUGGGAACAGAAGAAAUAAGAGGCUUAACAUUUAAUGAUUUAAUAAACCUACAUACAGAUAGAGAUAAGUCAAAGACGUAUGUAAAGUCGAAAGACUUUCCACCUCCACUAUUAUCGAAAAAACCUAUAACACAAAUCAAAGAAGUUAACGGUAGUAGCAAAACAAUAUUUAUAAUACACCCCAUUGAAGGAUACAUACACUAUCUCAAACCAUUAGCAAACCUUUUAAAUACAACAAUUUUUGGUGUAGAAUGUACAAGGGAAAGCAAUUUUAGUACAAUUAAGGAGAACGCCCAAUACUUCUUAAAAUACAUAAAAGAAAUUCAACAAAAAGGGCCAUACUAUUUAUGCGGUUAUUCGUAUGGAGUAAGUUUGGGUUUGGAAAUAGGUAUUCAGCUCGAAAGAGAAGGAGAAACCGUUCAACUUCUAGCUAUAGAUGGUGCACCUGACUAUUCCAGAAAAAUAUUUUCAAAUUGUGGCGACAUGGAACAGAAAAUCUGUAGACUAUUUCCUUCUCUUUUUAAAAAUGUUAACCUUGACACGGUAAAAGAAAUUAUGGAAAAGUUCCAUAAAUCGGAGGAAUACUUGCCUCUGAUCUUUAAGUUGAUAUCGGAUGAGACUGGAAUAGGACUAGAAGAUAUUGAAUAUUCCGGAAGACAUUAUUUAAGCAGGUGUCAUGCAUCAUUUGUUUAUUAUCCAGAUAAAAAAUUUAAAGGGCAGGUGAAGCUUGUUAGAAGAAUUAUUAAUCUUCAAGAUGAAUCAGAUGACUAUCAUCUACAGAAGUAUUGCCAACAAACUGUCAAAAUCGAAAAAUUAAACGGAGAUCACCUUACCAUUCUUUUUGGAGAAAAUUUAAUAUUUUUGGCAAAAAUCGUCAGUGAUUGGUUUGAGAUUUAAAGUGUAGUGCAUGAUAGAUGUAUGCAUUUUGUAUAACUGACUCAUUCGUUCUUCUUAGUUUAAAUAAAAUGUU